AUGAGCAACAUAAAGUUGAUCCCCGCCGCUGAGCGACUUCGAAACGCUCUCCUGCGAUCACUCGAGCCAGGCUUCAAGAACGCCUCACACGAGGCAAAGUCUUCGGGAUUUCUGGAAGUUAGACACGGUUUUCUACCAGACUCUUCACUCUCUUCCGUCCCUCGGAAUGGAAGCAAUGGCCUAUCAGGAAACAGCAGUUUCGUUGACGAAGAAGACGAAAGAGCCGUCAAGACGGUGAUUGACGAUCUGUUGAAGGAGGGGGGCAUGAGUGAGCACGACCAAUUCAGAUAUGACUACACUUCCCACAAGCUCAAUCGCGAUUCCGAAGCUGCCGGUCCCCAAACAUACAUUGGAUGGCUAUACCUUUGGUGCUCGAAGCUUCCCAGCUAUACCCGGACGGACAACUACGGCAGCGACCGCGGCUACAUCUCUUGGUGCCUCGAUGCCUAUCGUCUGAGACCCAUAGUUUGCCUGCAUAUGAUCGAGUCUCUCUGGACCAGUGUACGGAGAAGACAGCGCGGCCUGCAUCUAUACACAGUCGUGCCGGUCACCACUGGGGCUGCAGCAGAAGAAGGACGCCGGCCGUCCGACCCACACACCGUUCCUGUCGAGAGAUAA